AAGCUACCGGACAGCACGUUACGGUUAGAGGAUGUGCAUUGGACAGCGGCACCUUGACCACAGACACAGAAAUUAUUCGGAUGUCGCAUUGCGGAGGAUUCUAUUUCGAUGACAAGUAUGUCGAUGGCUGUUUGCAGAGUUGCGACGACGCGGACGGCUGCAACCCCGCACCGCCGCCCAAGUCUCUGGACACGACGCUGCUGAUGAUGUUGGUCGUGAUGCCGCUCGCCGUCCGUUUCAUGCCGCACGAAUGGGCGCCGGACGCGUGACGACUGCUCGUGCGUGAACUUAAUACCAUAUAGGUGUAUAUUUUUUGAAAAAAAAAAAAUACUCGUUCGAGGUCAUUCUCGGGCGUUUUCUAACGACCAGACCGACGGCAAACACGCAACGAUCAAUUAAACGACGGGGUGCCUUGUACAUAUACGUAUACGAUGUAACGAUACAUAACGCCGCCGUGGACAUCAAAUUUUUACCCCAUCCCCCAAAAGCCCCCACGAAAACCCGUACGAUACAAUAUCCUGUCAUUAUAUAAUUUUGUCUCCCCUUUCAACGACCAAAUACAAUAAGGAAACGGACGUCGAGUGGUUUGUAUUCAACUUGUAACUACGUGCUUUUCGCGUGAAUUGUUAAUUAUUAUUAUUAUUCAUUAAUUAUAGAUUAUAUUAACAUUAUAUUAUAUUGUAACAAUUUAUGUAACAUGACAUAUCCCAGUUGAGCAUAUCUUACUGAUGAAACUAUUUCCAUUUAAAAAAAAACUAUUAUUAUAUAUGUAGAUGAUUAAAUAUUACGAUAUUAAAAAAACAAAAUCAUAUAUAUUAUAUACUAUUGUAAACAUUCUAUACAAAUAUAAUAUACGAUAUACAAUAUGUAUAUUGUAUAUAGAUGACAAAUUGCGUGUCGGACUUAUUAAAAUAUUUGAUUGUAUUGC